GGCGAGGACACGUCUUCAGAACUUUAGUGGUAUCCUUUUCAGUGCCACCUACCGUCCAAUAUAGACGCAUGCGUAGCUCCUAAUGAUUGGUCAAGCAAUCCUGAUUUUUGAAGAGGCGCAUAUGCAAAUGUGUUUAGGUGUAAUAUAAGGUUAUACAAUUUGGGAGGAUAGUCAGGUGAAUGUUCAGUGUCAGAUGAGUCGCGGUGGAUGGCGGAAUGAGCUCGCCCAAGUUGAACGAGCGAUGCCCAAGCAGUUUGAGCAACGGUAAAAAACAUUUGAGCAGCGAGUCGAAGGAAGAUUCCCUAGAUAACUCCAUCCGCGAAUCUAUAAAGUCUGAACGCACUGGCAAAUCCGAAGAAGACUGCCGGAGACGCACAAUCAUCGUAGAGAAGAAGAAUGGGAGUUAUGGUUUCACUCUGCAAAGUUAUGGCAUUCAUUACAAGAAGGAACAAGAGAUAGAAGUAAUCACGUAUGUGGAUCAUGUGGAGCCAGACGGUCCAGCAUGUGCGGCAGGCAUGCGCGAAGGUGACGUUAUCCUCUCCAUCAACGGCACCGACGUAGAGCGGGCAGACCACGCCACCAUCGUAAACGCCAUCACCGCCUGCGACUCCAGAAUGCGCAUCGUCGUCAUCUUCGAAGACUGCGUUCGCAAAGUCGAACUUCAUCUGAAAUACAUCAACAUCCAACGAGCAAUACAAAACAAGAUGCGUGAAUUGGAUCAGCUAUCGGUUCGCGAACGCCAAGUCUUCGAUUCGAACUGGAAAACGCACAGCUUGCCGUCACAAAAGAAGAAAACCUCGCCGUCUGAUAUCAUUUCUGAUUCAGAAGAGACUGUCGCUGACAAUAUUAGUAAUUCUUAUUGUCGCCCGACAUUGUCCAGUGAGAACGUCACUGCCGCGAAACCCCCUCAAUCUAACGUGUUCAUGUAUCAAUAUCUCGAUCCGCGCUAUGGCACCUGCAUUAUACAGCCGAAUAUACAUACAGGAAGCUUCGUCAUAACUGUUGGAUCGCCGAGAAAUAGACGCGACUGUCAUCAUUAUGUUGUUAAGGCAACGGGAGAAUGCCAUCGAGCAUCCGAAGCCUAUAAAGUGUCUAAUGGAAAACAUAGCAAACCGCAUAGAACUAGCCACAACCAUACUUGUGCACCGUGUGUCCCAGUGUACAAUAAUCAGGAUGCAAAUAGCUUGGAAGCCUAUGACCUCGCCAGUCCGUGUUGCGAUCCACAUUGUGUUCCAAACGCUAGAAAAAAAGUGAGACGAAAGAAGGAGUGUUCAAAAGAACAUAAACGAAAAGAGAAAUGCCAGCAGGUUGAUAAAUCAACCCAAAAAACGGAAAACUGCGCACACACACAUUCGAAGAAAGUUUGCAAUUCUGGUCACUGUUCAGGUCGAUACCGGUAUUUGACAACUGAGUCAACACAAACAAGUCAAUGCAGUUUGCAGUCGUACGCCACGAGCAAUGCAACGGUAGCGUGCGAUAACUCAGUUUCGAGUUACAGCACGUCGCUCAGUAGUGACACGUUGUUUUGGGAGAACGACCGCUCGGAAGCGAAAUCUUCACCAAAAAUUCAAUAUCAAAGCGCACACCAACACGUGAAGCCGAAGUCUUGGGAUAAUUUAGCAACAAAGGCCAUUGGAGGCUACGGUUUCGGCUACGGUUAUUUAGACACGACAACGAAACACUCAAAUAGAUCCAAAAGCCACGGGCGUAACCACAGCGGCCGCAGCACCCAAAGCCACCAUGACUACCAGCACCACCAAGAGAAACACUCCCACCGCCAGAGCGGAACCCCUCACCACUAUCCUACCGGCUACGUCCGAUCUCACAGCCACUGUCAGCCCACAAAGUCCACUGAAAGUUUAAUCGUCGUCCCUAAAUAUCAAUUGGAAAGCAGUGGCUCUGAAAGUCGACUCGCAUGUGACUGCGGUGACAACGUAGACUACUACAGACGAGGUCCGAUGAAGAGCCCAGCUGAGACGCACUCCAAUUACUACACCCAACGAUUCGUUUACCCCGCCCAUUCGUACAAGAAAAAAGACUCCAACGUUAGUUCAGAAAUAACUAGAUUAUAAUCAUCGUGAGACCAUUGCUCAAAACACCUAACUUAUUCGAAUGACCUCAUUAGUCUUUUCGUCUUCUCGCGCCGGUAUGCGUUUAUUGAGCGACGGAAGCUUUAUUUUUCAAAAUCAAAUUAUCUAUCGAGUAGAACUAUACAAGCACUUUUGAAUCGUUAGGCAUUUUUAUAAAUCUACCAUCGUCGCCGAAAUUUUGUGGUUAGGUGAGACUUUGAAUGUUCAAAAAUGCAAUAAUUUUAUCUAGUGGGUAUGAAAUAAAGUAUUUUCAAGAUUGAAUUUUUCGACAGCAAGGUAUUUUUAUUACCGCCACAUCGCUUAAUAAUCGUAAACCAU